GGGCGGGAAAGCAGCGGACCUGGCAACCCUGAGCUCGGCAGGUCAGUGUCGUGUGCAACACGUCGACUCUCUCUGAUGAACCGAGCAGCGACCUGACUGACUGAGCGGAGCGACGCCACGAAGAAAGAGAUAAAUCAUCAUAUUACACCUGAAGAAGCGUUUAAAAAAGGUGAUCAAAAAUGGACGAGUGGGAAGAAGAGGGAACUAGUACUACUGCACCAACCAGCCACACCUCAAGUGAAGUUACCCAAGGAGGCUCCUGGAACAGUGAUGGUGGCGAAUUUGGAAGGGGUCGUGGUGGAAGAGGCCGAGGCAGACAAGGAGGAUUUAAAAGCUUCUCUUCAGGUCCUGAUGAGAAUGGGAAUGAUGGGGACAGCUGGAACAAUACAGGAGGAGAAAGAGGCGGUUUCAGAGGUAGAGGUGGCAGAGGGCGCGGCAGAGGAUUUGGCAGGACAGAUAGCAGUGAAUUCGAUGGAGACGAUGAUGAAGUGUGUGAAAAUGGGUUUAGAGGAGGAAGACGAGGCAGCAGAGGAGGUUUCAGACGAGGUGGUGACCAGGGUGCCAGAGGAGGCUUUGGAGGAGGCUACCGUGGGAGAGAUGAGGAGUUCUUUGCUCAAGGGGAAGAUAAAGAUCCAGAAAAGAAGGAUGAAAACGAGGGUGAAAGACCGAGGGUCACGUAUGUUCCCCCAUCCCUCCCCGAAGAUGAAGACUCCAUUUUUGCCCACUAUGAGAAAGGCAUCAACUUUGACAAGUAUGAUGACAUCAUGGUAGAUGUCAGUGGAACCAACCCACCGCCGGCUAUCAUGACUUUUGAAGAGGCAGCAUUGUGCGAGUCCCUGAGAAAAAAUGUCAGCAAGUCGGGUUAUGUGAAGCCGACACCUGUGCAGAAGUACGGCAUGCCAAUCAUCUCUGCUGGCAGAGAUCUCAUGGCCUGUGCACAGACUGGAUCUGGUAAAACGGCUGCAUUCCUGCUCCCUAUUCUGCAGCAGCUGAUGGCUGAUGGUGUGGCCGCCAGUUCCUUCAGUGAGGUGCAGGAGCCUGAAGCCAUCAUUGUGGCCCCAACAAGGGAGCUCAUCAACCAGAUUUACCUGGAGGCCAGGAAGUUUGCCCAUGGGACAUGUGUGCGUCCAGUAGUGGUAUAUGGUGGAGUCAACACUGGACACCAAAUACGAGACAUCUUAAGGGGGUGCAAUGUGGUGUGUGGAACCCCAGGGAGGCUGUUGGACAUGAUAGGAAGAGGAAAGGUUGGGGUGAGUAAGCUGCGGUACUUGGUGCUGGAUGAGGCUGACCGGAUGUUGGAUAUGGGUUUUGAGCCUGACAUGCGCCGCCUGGUGGGCUCCCCUGGAAUGCCGUCCAAAGAGAACCGCCAGACUUUGAUGUUCAGUGCCACCUACCCUGAGGACAUCCAGAGGAUGGCGGCUGACUUCCUCAAGACCGACUAUUUGUUCUUGGCUGUGGGUGUGGUGGGCGGAGCCUGCAGUGAUGUGGAGCAGACGUUUGUCCAAGUCACCAAGUUCUCCAAGAGGGAGCAGCUCCUUGACUUUCUCAAGACCGUUGGAGCGGAGCGCACCAUGGUGUUUGUGGAGACCAAGAGACAAGCUGAUUUCAUUGCCACUUAUUUGUGCCAGGAGAAGGUUCUGACCACCAGCAUUCAUGGUGACCGCGAGCAGCGGGAGCGAGAGCAGGCUCUGGCAGACUUCCGCUCCGGCAAAUGUCCCGUCCUGGUGGCAACCUCUGUAGCUGCCCGCGGUCUGGAUAUUCCAGAUGUACAGCAUGUGGUGAACUUUGACCUCCCCAACAACAUUGAUGAAUAUGUCCACCGUAUUGGGAGAACUGGCCGCUGUGGUAACACCGGAAGGGCGGUGUCUUUCUAUGACCCUGAAGCUGAUAACCAACUGGCCCGCUCCCUCGUCACAAUCCUGUCCAAGGCCCAGCAGGAAGUGCCCUCAUGGUUAGAGGAGUCUGCGUUCAGCGGUCCUGGAGCAGGCUUCAACCCCUCCAGGAAGGGCUUUGCCUCCACAGACUCCCGGAAGGGAGGAUCUUUCCAAGAAAAGGAUGUGAGAAGCCAGCCGGCUGCUCAGACUGCUGCUGCGACUGCAGAUGAAGAAGAAUGGGAAUAGAGGAAAUAUUAGAGCAACAUAUCCACACAGCAUUGAGUUAUUUUUCUUUUCACAUGUUCAGCUUGUUGUAGUUUUAUCAAAGUAUUUUUGUUUGAAGGGGGGAAAAAAGGUUAAAUGUUGAGCGAGAUGUUAAACGGGGAAACCAGGUCUCGUUUAUGACGCGACAACUUAAUCGGUCUUCAGUGACUGGCAUAUUGUGGCAAAUUUGUUUUAUUUUUUAUAUCAUCACUUGCAUUUAUAACAAAGUUAAUAAGGAAAACAAUGUGUCUGACCAAAAGACAAAACUUAAGGAUGUCAUAUUCCAACUAUAUUUUGUUUCCAUAAAGGUCACCAAUAAAUAAGUAUUUGUUCAAAGCAAAGCCUA